AUGGGGAUCAAUGAAUAUGAUAUGGGAAGUGUUGGUAGUGUUGAAGUUGCUUCUGCUGAAAUUGUCAGUGUUGUCAAUACUGCUAUGGGUUCCCAUAUAGUUGCUGCUGCUAAUGGUGAUAUUGAGGUUAUUGCUACUGCUGAUGGGGUUGCUAGGAUGACUGGUCUUGUGGAUGAAAAGAAGAAAUCAGUGUGGCAGGAAAUCGAACAAUUCUUAAGGAUGCAGGAGGAAUCACACAUCAUCACAGGUGGUGAUUUCAAUAAAAUACUAUACGCAACAGAUAAAAGCAGUGGUAAUACAAACAUGAAACAAUCACAAAGAGACUUCGUUAAUUGGAUAAAUAACAAUAACUUAUUUGGAAUUGCAACAAAAACUGGCUUCCACACAUGGAAUAAUAGGAGAAAAGACUUCACUAACAUUGCAGAAACAUUAGAUAGAUUCUUCUUUAAGGGAGAUCUAACUGAGUUCCACAGAGAACUAAAAACCAUGGUGCUACCUUGGUCAAGGUCUGAUCACUUCCCAGUUCUCUUAGAACUUAUGGGGGAAACAGAGAAAAUGGGAUAUCUCUUUAAGUUCGAGAGAAUGUGGUUUACAUAUGAAGAGUUCCUCCCCAAUAUACAAAAAUGGUGGAAGGAUAGUAAUGUUGUAGGAUCAAAAUUAUUUUGUCUGGUAUCUAAGAUGAAAGAAAUUAAGCACAAUUUACUAGAUUGA